UCUUCCCAAAGUUCCACCUGGGGAUCAAAAAAUAGCAUCUAUCCAUCUGUCUGAUUAGACUGAAUCUACAUCUGCAAAGGUUUCUGCAAAGCUGGCUUGUGACACAGUAGACUGGUAAAUCUGCACUUGACUGAAUAAAUAAACAAACAAAUAAAUAAAUAAAUAAGCUUUACUCUAAUCUUCGCUCUUAUCUAAAGCAGGAUGAACAAACAGGCGGGGUUAAUUCCAGGCCACGCCCUCGAGUGGGCGCUGUAGCGCAUACACCACGCCCCCUACUCCCUGUGGUUUCUGUAGAUGUGUGUGUCAAGUAGAGGCACACACUCAUCGGACCUCCGUCAGCUCGCGCACACCUGAACCAGACUGAGGGGUUUAAAACCACAGCACGCGUUGAGAUCGCAUCUGAUGUUGGAGUGAUGAAGAAGAUCAGCUCAGUGUUCUCCUCUUUACAGGACAAACUGCACAGAGACAAAGGUGAGAAGAAGACGUCACCCCCUCCCACAGAUGCUCCGCCCUCUUCUGAGUACACACAUGCAUUUGGACGGCCGCCGUUCUUCGAGUACCUGGUGGUGGUGAGUGUGAGGAAGAGGAGCCGGGGUGAUGAAGGUUACGAGCCACAGAUCAUCUAUCAGUUCCCCAAAGCCACCAGCCAAUCACAGCGCAAGGAGGAGGAGCUCUGCCUACAGGCCAUCACACUCUUCUGCUUCCCAGAGGGGGUCAACUGGGCCCCGCUAACAGAGUACCACAGUGAGACAUUCUCGUUCGUCCUGACUGAGAUAGAUGGCAGCAGGAGGAAUGGUUACUGCAGGAGACUGCUGCCACUAGGGAAAGGAGCACGCCCCCCAGAGGCCUACUGCAUCAUCAGCACCCUCGCCUGCUUCAGCCUCUUCUCUAAGAUCUUUGACGAGGUGGAGAAAAGGCGUCAGAUCUCCAUGGCAAUGAUUUAUCCUUUCAUGCAGAGUCUCAGAGAAACGCCAUUUCCUGCACCGGGAAAAACCGUUACAAUCAAGAGCUUCAUCCCCGAGUCUGGGACAGAGAUUAUCAGUCUGACUCGGCCGGUGGACUCGUGGUUGGAGCACGUUGAAUUUCGCUCGUUGUUCCUGUGCUUAUCGGAUGAGGAAGUUCUGCAGGUUUUUGCUGCUGUUGUGCUGGAACGACGAAUCAUCUUCAUCGCUGAGGAGCUCAGCACUCUCUCUCAGGUGUUACACGCCGUUGCUGCUUUGCUCUACCCCUUCAUCUGGCAGCACACGUUCAUCUCCAUCGUCCCUAAAGUUCUCCUCGAGGUGUAUUUAGCUCCGACACCGUACCUCCUCGGCAUCCAGAGGAACCUGCUGCACCUUCUCACCGAGCACACUGACCUGCUUAUCGUUGACCUGACCAGCCAGUCAGAGAGCAAGUUCAUCACCAGAAUUGGAGACGAAGACACACUGAUCCCGAGCAGACUGCAGGAGGAGCUGCUACAGGAUCUCUGCAAACGCAAACACAAUACUACUACAGAGGAGCUGAACAGAGUGGUGUCUGAAGCGUUUCUCAGCUUCUUCGUGAAAACUGUCGGACAUUUUGCGGAUCACAUCAAGCGUCUGGGAGGAAACAAGCAGCCGAGAACAUUCCAGAAAAAGAGUUUCCUCAAAGCUGUGCAGCCGAAAGAGAACCAGAACUUCGUCCAACAGUUCGUCCAGACGCAGAUGUUCGACUUGUUCAUCCAGGAGGAGGAGAAACACCACAACCAGGAAGGAUUUUUCUAUAAGAAAAUUGUUGAGUUCCAGCAGAGGAGGAAGGAGCGAUUAAGGAGAGGAGGAAUUAAAGGGCUUGUUGUGUGAAAGAGUGUGUGUGUGUGUUUUAAACUCUGUUCAUUAAAGCACAUGCACAGCAUAAAACAAUAUAAAAGUAAUAGUUUAUUUGUCUUAAUCAUUUGUUUUAAAUACAUCAAACAAUACUGACUGUGUGUGUGUUGAACAUUUUAAGUUUUGUGUGUGAGUGUGUGUGAGAGAGUGCGUGUGUGUAUUUCAUAGCUGCUUGUUCAUACACUUUGUAUUCAUUAAAAAUAAAGUCUGAUGUAA